CACACACUAAAACACCCCACAAAACACACAGAACCCAUCACAGAGAAGAAAGAGAAGAGAAUACUCCUGUCAGAAUAUCAGAACACUACAUUUAUUCCCUUUUCUUUCUCUUUUAUCUCUUCCUUUGCUUGCCAACUUUUGAUUUUUUUUCUCUUUUAUUUUCUUGCUUUUUAGUAUAGUAUAAAUAUAUCUGCUUUCUUUCUAUUUCAACUUUUCUAUCUGUUUGCUCAUCUGGGGUGCUUUACUUUGUUCUGAAUUCUUCUUCCUCUUUCUCUGUUGGCUUCUUCUUCACCUUUUUUACCCUCCUAUUAUUCCCAUAAAUAUUCCCUGCCUUUUCUUUUCUUUGUUUUUCAGUGGAAGUAUUUCUUUGAUUCUCAGUGGAGUGUUUGAAGCUCUGGAAAAAUGGCUGCAGAUAUCAGCCACCCUCCCAUGGAGCAGCUACAGGACCUUGAAUACUGCAUAGACUCCAAUCCUCCAUGGCCUGAAACUAUCUUGUUGGCAUUUCAAAACUACAUAUUAGUCAUUGGCACAAGUGUAAUGAUCCCCACAGCCCUUGUUCCCUUGAUGGGAGGAUCUGAUGGAGAUAAAGCACGAGUGAUACAAACUUUACUUUUUGUAGCUGGCAUUAACACACUUCUCCAAGCACUCUUUGGAACUAGGCUACCUGCUAUAGUGGGAGGCUCUUUUGCCUACGUCAUCCCAGUAAUCUAUAUCAUCAGCGACUCAUCUCUGCAGCGAAUCGAAGAGCCACAUGCAAGAUUUAUACAAACUAUGCGAGCUAUUCAAGGGGCUCUAAUUGUUGCUGCUAGCAUACAAAUAAUACUGGGGUAUAGUCAAGUUUGGGGACUCUUUUCACGAUUUUUCAGUCCCCUUGGCAUGGCACCAGUGGUUGGAUUGGUUGGUCUUGGAUUAUUUCAGCGAGGGUUUCCUGUGCUUGGGAAUUGUGUUGAAAUUGGUCUCCCAAUGCUAUUGCUGGUUAUUGGCCUGUCACAAUAUCUAAAGCAUGUUAAACCCCUGAGAGAUUACCCCAUUUUCGAAAGGUUUCCUGUGUUGAUAUGUGUCACAAUUAUCUGGAUAUACUCCAUCAUUCUAACUGCUAGUGGAGCUUAUCGAGGCAAACCAGCUAAGACUCAAUAUAGCUGCCGUACAGACAAAGCAGAUCUGAUAUCUACUGCUCCCUGGUUCAAGUUCCCAUAUCCUCUGCAGUGGGGCCCACCUACUUUUGCAGCUGGUCAUUCAUUUGCUAUGAUGUCUGCUGUUCUUGUGUCAAUGGUUGAGUCAACUGGGGCCUAUAAGGCAGCAUCUCGUCUGGCAAUAGCUACUCCACCACCAGCCUAUGUACUUAGCCGCGGCAUUGGUUGGCAGGUGAGAUGAUUUUGAAUAUUACCAUACACGGACGACUUUCUUCAGCA